AACCUUACAAAAUACGUAGCUGUGGGUAUCAAAAUUAAAAAGUAAAUAAAAAGUUUUUACAUUAAGUAAAAAUAAAUGAAGUGCCUAAAUCGUUAAAUGUGUCUCCUGCUUAUAAAUAUUCAUUUUGAAAAUGGAUAAGAGUUGGUGUUGACUUUGUUCAUAAAGAAGGAUGAUGUUAAGUGACAUCUGCCAGUUAAUCAAUCAUCAAAAUGCCAUCUUUAAUGGAUCCAGAUGCUGCUGCUACUGCCUUUGUCGUGUGGAAGAUUUUCAUCUAGGAAUCCAGAUCAUGAGCGAUGACGUGUUCGUCAACGCUUCAUUCGAUGCCGUCAAUGCGACCGUUCUUCUUGCGUUCAUCCACGAGAAUGCGAACAAAACGUCGUCGAAAACCGGCGAAGACGCGCUCCACUCGAUCAAGAUCAUCCUUCCGGUCACGAUCAUCUUCAUCACGAUCUUCUUCACGGGUCUCGUGGGCAACAUUUGUACCUGCAUCGUGAUAGCGCGCAACAAAUCGAUGCACACCGCGACAAACUACUACCUGUUCAAUUUGGCCAUUUCGGAUUUGUUGUUGUUGAUAUGCGGCCUUCCUCAGGAAACAUACACGUUAUGGUAUCCGGACGAUUACGUGUUCGGCGAGGCUUUCUGCGUGCUCCAGGGAUACGCCGCGGAGACGUCUGCCAACGCCACGGUCUUAACGAUCACCGCGUUUACAGUCGAAAGAUAUCUGGCGAUAUGUCACCCGUUCCUGUCGUACACGAUGUCGAAAUUGUCGCGGGUGGUAAAGUACGUGGUACUGGUGUGGGUCUUCGCGUUGUGCCUUGCGGCACCUCAAGCAUUCCAGUUCGGCAUAAAGCACCAGGUGAACGUCGACGGUUCCGAAAGGAGCAUCUGCACCGUCACUGGGGGCAAGUAUGCCCAACACGCUUUCGAAAUAUCGUCGUUCCUGUUCUUUGUCGGGCCCAUGACUGUCAUUACCGUGCUGUAUAUACUGAUAGCUGUUAGGUUACACAAGUCGAAAAUACUGGCUCGUAGCUCUGGGAUACAAAGGAACAGUGCAAGGGUGGAACGGGGAAACGAUUCCAGGUCGAAAGGAACCGCCGCGCAACGAAGAGUCAUCAAGAUGCUUGUGGCAGUGGUGGCUGCAUUUUUUAUAUGUUGGGCCCCCUUCCAUUCGCAACGUCUCCUGGCUAUGUACAUGCAGACGGCGCCUGCAGAAACCCAAAGGUCCUUCGUGGAGUUCUACAUAGCUCUCAACUACAUUUCCGGAGUUCUCUAUUACUUCUCGACAACCAUUAAUCCCAUUUUGUACCACAUCAUGUCCAGGAAGUUCAGGGAAGCUUUCAAGGCAACGCUCGUGCAAAUUUGCAAAAAAGGUUCCCGUUCAAAAAGAUCCGAUUUCUACCUGUCCCUGGUCAAGUACCAGAAGUCAUUUCGCGCAGACAGGCCGACAGACUGUACGGAAGUGCAGGAUUUCCGGAGCAGCGGCCAUUGCAACGACACCAAGAUAUUACCCCGGAACGAGAGUAACAUUUCAACCUUGCCAAGGGAAAGUCGUUUCGAUUCGAGCGAACCAAGCAACGUACCGCCAACACCUCAAUCUGCCCUCAUCCCGAACGGUUCCUUCAAUCUCAGAAGGAAGCCCAGACACGUCCCCCACGAUUUAAAACGGUACGGAUACAGAACCAACUAUCCAACGGAUUUUAACACUGACAGACUUAAAUACCGAUUGUUUCACAUCUUUCACAAUAAAGCGGUCUAUUUUAAUCGGCAGGGGAGUAUUGAAAGCACUACAAGUGCUACCAACACUAUAAGUAAUUCUAGUCUACAAGACGUCGAUGAUAGUGAAUUUACAAGUUCUGAUUUGGUGCGUUAUAUGGAACAGAUUAACAGUGACUUGGCUUGAACUGAUGAUAGCACAAUAUUAAUCAAACAAAAGUAUUAAUAUCAGGUGCGUACACAUUAUUAUUUAUCGUAAACUUGUUAUUUUAUAUCAAAGUCAAAGGAAUUGUUAUAAAUAUUAAUGUGAAAAUUAAUUUAAUUUUUAUCCACUACAAAUUUCCUCAAAAGCAUGUUUCGUCGUUGUUUCUGCUGUCUCAUCUCGCAGCCUAGUGGUUAAAGCAUCGGUGCGUAAAGUCAAGGGUAUCGUGUUCGAAUCCCGGCGAGGGUGUGACAGCAGCGACAAUUUUCCCAUUGAUUUGUCUUGUGUACGUGCCCGAUUUAUGUAUAAUGUUAUAUUAGACUUUCGCCAUUUCACCGAUUAGCUUGAUGAACGUACCAUGAUGUGCAUGUGUAUCUUUAUCAAUAUUAAUGACUAUUUUAAUGUAAAAGUAAA